AUGGCUAUAUUUACAAUUUAUUUUGGUAUAUGUUUAUUUGGAUUAUUGAUUCGUGGUUAUUAUCAUGUGCCACCAUCAUGUAUUACACAUAAAUGUUCUUGGUGCAUUGAUCUAUUUAACCUUACAAUACAAGAAUUUUCUUAUCCAAAUUUUAAACUAGAUUUAUUUAUUUCUGUUAAUGAUCCAACUAUAGUAUUAUUUCUUUUUUCUUAUAUAUUAACAUUGACAAUGUUACCAGCUCGAUUUACUUGUUUAAUUAUUAUUGAUGACGUUCUUUGUGUAUUUGCAACACUUCCUCGUGCACCUUAUUUCUUUGUUUUUUGUGCCAAUUAA